GUUACUAUUCCUGGCGAAAUUCAAAGGAUGGAUCGUGGUUCAUCCAGUCCUUUUGUGCUAUGCUGAAACUGUAUGCACACAAGCUGGAGUUUAUGCACAUUCUGACCCGGGUCAACCGGAAGGUAGCCAUGGAAUUCGAGUCCUUCUCCCUCGACGCCACUUUUCAUGCAAAGAAACAGAUUCCAUGUAUUGUGUCCAUGCUCACCAAAGAACUCUAUUUUUAUCAUUAAAGAAAUGGUUGUUUUUUUUUAAGUUUGUAUGCCAAGUGAGAAAACAGAAUGUGAUACUUUAUUUCCCUCUCAUCUACAACUACUCUGAUGUUCCAGAUGGUCCUUGGAAACUUACCACUUCCCUACCAAUAGAACCACAGUGAAGCUAGGUCAAGCUCAAUAUCAGGUAGUUGAAAUUGAAUUGAAUUGAAAUAUGGGUAAUGGUGCUAUCAUUAUGAGAAGAUAUUAUUACAAUUUUAUAUCUUUCAUAGUUAGCAAAUUUGGUAAUGGUAGCUAUGAAUUUUCAGGUAAUUAUAGGAAGCUAAACAUUGCAGUAAUGAGUUUUUAAUGAUACUCCUCACACACAUUAUCACUGUACAUUCUAACUUGUUCAACUACAGAAAUGAUGAGGUGGAAUGGUGUGUCUCAGAACUCUGAGAUUCAUGAUCAUGGUCAAAGGCUUGAGCCUUUAUUUUGCAAUUGAUAUAUGGAAAUGAGUAAACUUCAUUUUUAGAUCAUUUGUCAUAGCUCAUGGUUUUGUGAUGUUUGUCUUGAGCAUGUCUUUGUAAAAUACAUGUUUACUAUUGGAAAAGGAAGGAGAUAUUUUGUUUGGGAGAAAAUAUGAGCACACUGAGUUGAUCCUUAUAAGACUACAAUGCAACAUGAAUAGAAGGACAUAACUAACUCUCAGGUGCUAAGAUCUACCAGCAUGUACUUAUUCUCAUCUGUUUUUAAGCAAAUCAGCUGAGAUUUAUGGACCAGCAAAAUAUCUGUAGAACCAUUAUGUAAAAACCUCAAACUUGAUUAUUAGGAUAUGAAGUAAUUCUACAGGAACAUACUAAAAUACCAUUUGUUCAAUAAGCAAUCAGAUGUAAGGAAAGAAUGAGAAAUGGAUCAGGUGGGCUCUCUGAGCAGAAACACGGUCUGGCCUAGUCAGUAAAAACAGAAUCAUGCACUGCACUGCAGAAAAGGACCUCUAGCUGGUUUCUUCAUACAGGUACAGGUGUGCACAGAUGCCCAAAUCACCAUGUGAGAGAGCAAACCAGUCAGAAACUUCUGAAAUGGAGCUUUUCCAAAGUUGGUGGGAAUCAUAAUACUUGCAGUAAAAUUUGUAAGCAUGUUAUUUUCUUUGAUGUUUACAACCAAUGCUUGUACUUUUACCUGAACUUCAAAGGACCAUGACACACAGGACUUUGGAAGCAUCCAGUAAGAGCCCCUCCUGUGCACAUGCAGAAACUUCAUGCUGGAGCUCAGCCUCACCAGGGAGGUCAGCCCCAGGUUUCCUCACCUCAAUGGUGCAGAGCCAUUACCAACUGCCUGGCCUAUCUCACUGACUUUCAGUCUGACAUUUCACAUGAACUUGUUGCUUAAAAGAAUUCAUGUUUAUAAUUGACAGCUGAUUUGUUUUGGCCAGAUCUAUUAACUUUUUCUAAGUAAGUAUUGCACGUAAUGCCAUUUUAAGAUGUGUUCCCAUGUGAGAAUUUUAUAAAA